AGGUCCUGGCAGUCCCUCGCCGGUCACCUCGCCGACGCGAUGGCGGUCCCGGGCUCACUGGCCGAGUGUGGCUACAUCCGGACCGUGCUGGGCCAGCAGAUCCUAGGACACCUGGACAGCUCCAGCCUGGCCCUGCCCUCCGAGGCCAGGCUGAGGCUGGUGGGCAGCAGCGGCCGCGGCGACACGGCGGCCCGGAGCCAGCGGAUCCAGGAGCAAGUGCAGCAGACCCUGGCCCGCCGGGGUAGGAGCUCUGCGGUCAGCGGGAAUCUUCACCGAACCAGCAGUGUUCCUGAGUAUGUCUACAAACUGCACUUGGUUGAGAAUGACUUUGUUGGAAGGCAAUCACCUGUCACUAGGGACUAUGACAUGCUAAAGGCUGGCAUGACUGCCACUUACGGAAGUCCCUGGGGGAGAGGCACAGCGCAGUACAGUUCCCAGAAGUCAGUGGAGGAGAGAUCCUGGAGGCAGCCUCUGAGGAGACUUGAGAUUUCCCCAGAGAGCAGCCCGGAGAGGGCUCGCUGUGCGCACAGCGAGUACCAGUUUGCCUGGAGGAGCCAAGGGGUGUCUGGUGGGCGCCUCACCCUGCCACGCUACGCACGCUCAGAGAUCAUGGGCCUUCGCCAGGCAGGCACAGUCCGCAGGCCACCUGGGUGUGGGUCGCUUAGUGAUGCUGUCUUCGACAAUGGUCCACUCAACCCCACAAUGCCCCUCAACCCUCCGGGCACCAGCCACAGCGCAGGCAGCCUGCUGGAGGAGACCGUGCGCGUGAGCCAAGCUCGGCCUCUGGGCGUGCAAAGCAGAGCUGCCCGCUCCUCCUGGCCCCGAAGCUCAGUCCGCAGCACCCUGCGAGACCCAGGGAGGAUGCUGCCCACCGCUGGCCAGGCUGCUGUGGGCAGCGGGGAUGCACAUGUGGACAGGAGCGCCUUCACUGAUGCCCAGCUCGGGAAUGUAGACAUGGAGAUGACCUUGGAGAGAGCUGUGAAUAUGCUCGAUGCAGACCAUGUACCACUGUCCAGGAUUUCUGCCGCAGCUACUUUUAUACAGCAUGAGAGCUUUCAAAAAUCUGAAGCACGGAAAAGGGUUAAUCAGCUUCGAGGCAUCCCUAAGCUCCUACAGCUGCUCAAAGUUCAGAACGAAGAUGUUCAGCGGGCUGUGUGUGGAGCCUUGAGGAACUUGGUGUUUGAAGACAAUGACAACAAGCUGGAGGUGGCUGAGCUGAGUGGGGUACCUCGCCUGCUCCAGGUGCUGAAGCAGACCAGAGACUUGGAGACAAAAAAGCAAAUAACAGGUUUGCUCUGGAACUUGUCCUCUAGUGACAAACUCAAGCACCUCAUGAUAACAGAAGCCUUGCUCACCCUGACAGAGAGUGUCAUCAUCCCCUUCUCAGGGUGGCCUGAAGGAGACUACCCCAAAGCAAAUGGCUUGCUGGAUUUUGAUAUAUUCUACAAUGUCACUGGAUGCCUAAGAAACAUGAGCUCAGCUGGCCCUGAUGGGAGGAAGACAAUGAGAAGAUGUGACGGGCUCAUUGACUCAUUGGUCCAUUAUGUCAGAGGAACUAUUGCAGACUACCAGCCAGAUGAUAAGGCCACAGAGAACUGUGUAUGCAUUCUUCAUAACCUCUCCUACCAGCUGGAGGCAGAGCUCCCAGAGAAGUAUUCCCAGAGUAUCUACAUGCAAAACCGGAAUAUCCAGACUAACAGUAACAAAAGUGUUGGGUGUUUUGGCAGUCGAAGUAGGAAAGUAAAAGAGCAAUACCAAGACAUACCGAUGCCAGAGGAGAAGAGUAGCCCCCGGGGCAUGGAGUGGCUGUGGCAUUCCAUUGUGAUAAGGAUGUAUUUGUCCUUAAUUGCCAAGAGUGCCCGAAACUAUACCCAAGAGGCGUCAUUAGGAGCUCUCCAGAAUCUCACAGCAGGAGGUGGCCCGAUGCCCACAUCAGUAGCUCGAAUGGUUGUCCAGAAGGAAAAUGGUCUUCAGCACACCCGGAAAAUGUUGCACGUGGGUGAUCCCAGUGUGAAAAAGACUGUCUCCCUGCUGAGGAAUUUGUCACGGAAUCUUUCUCUGCAGAAUGAAAUUGCCAAAGAAACUUUACCAGAUUUGGUUUCCAUAAUUCCUGAUACAGUCCCAAGUACUGACCUUCUCAUUGAAACUACAGCCUCUGCUUGCUAUACAUUGAACAAUUUAAUGCAGAAUAGUUACCAGAAUGCACGAGACCUCCUGAACACUGGAGGCCUGCAGAAAAUUAUGACCAUCAGCAUAGGAGAAGGCUAUGCCCCCAACAAGGCCAGCAAAGCUGCUUCUGUCCUUCUGUACUCUCUGUGGGCUCAUACGGAACUCCAUACCGCCUACAAGAAGGCUCAGUUUAAGAAGACAGACUUUGUCAACAGCCGGACCACCAAAGCCUACCACUCCCUUAAAGACUGAUGAAGGUGAAAAUCAGCUCAGAGACUUCAGCUUCCAAGUUCUCCACUAUAAAAACUCCCCAAAGAAAACACCUAUUUUUCUACUAACUGACCCAAGAAACCUCAAAAAGCAUGCUUUGUUUAUAUUCUUUUCUAUUUCUAUCCCCCAAAUCUAGAGAAUGAAUAAUCACGAUAUAAUUUUGUUAGGCAUCCUAAAGACUUUUACAAGGUUGCCGCCAGAACUUGUUAUGGAAUCUAUGUUUCCCUGUAGAGGUAAUGGACACCAUUAUCCACAGUUACAGUAUAUGUGAGUUCAUGUGAGUGAGCAUCCAAGGAAUACCUGAGGAGAGACUGUACGACUAGACUUUUAAAGUGUGAUUGACGUUUCUACCCUUUGUCUGGUUUUCUUUCUUGUCACUCAUCUGCAUGUUACUUCAUUGAACCCCAGACGUGUGUUCAACGACACUGAACAGAAUAGAGAUGACAAGAAUAAAGCUUUGAUGGCAAUUGUUUAA